GCCACAUUUUAACAGAAAGUUUUCAUUGCAACAGUUGGUAACACUGCUGAUACAAUACGUGUCAUGUCAAUUUUGACUCGUCAACUAGAAAUGAAAGAGUAGUUAUUAAAGCCGGUCCUUUUCUCAUUAAAAUAUGUAUUCUCACAUUCUGAUAGGAACACUUAUACUAGCAUAUUUCACCUUAAAUGUUAACGGUAGUGUUAAAGGUUAUAUCAGUUCUACAGACACCAAAAAAUUCCUAUCAGUUCUAUCCAAAUCUCUAUCUGAAGAUAGUACAGAUAUUGCUGCAAUUUACUAUGGAGCUGUAGGGUACAAAUUAUUAAACUCUAAAGUAGAUACCCAACUCAUUAAAAAAAGUUGUGAUAGUCUCCGGAGUAAUCUCAAAGGGGAUGAAAAUCCUGAAAUUAUAUUUCAAGCAUACUGUGCUUGGAAAGAUUUGAACUGUCCCGGUAAAAUUCAAAAAGAAGAAACUCUUAAGUAUCUACGUAAUGUUGUUAUUAAUGAAAAAUCAUCACCAUCAGACAUAAGAUUUGCAUCAGAGGCUUUGAAAGUGAUUGGUGAAACUCUUCCUAAUCCUGCUAAAGUAUCAGAAUUAUUGCUGUCUAAAUUGAAAGAAGAUGAUACUUUGAUCACUUUAGGACAUGCAAUUCAUACUUCUUCGUUACUGGGAAAUCAUGGUAAAUUUGCAAUAGAUAGAGCAGAAGAUGUUGUUGUUCAAUUAGAUGAAGUUAAUGGAAAAUUGCUCCAAUGGGAAGGAGGUUUGAGUACAACUUCCCUUCUUCUGACUGGGUUAUUAAAAUUACCAGGAUUAAAACCUCUGACACAAGUCCAAGCAGAUAAGAUUUCCAACUAUUUACUCACAAGAAAAACCGUUCAAACUGCCAAAGGCAUUGUUGCCUUAUUAGAAGCAAUUAAAGCUUUAACAACAAGUUCUGUUUCUCCUGUGAGUAUAGGAAUUAUAGGAAAAUCCUCUGUUUCUAUUGACAAGCCAGAAUUGAAAGUGAGGGUGUCGAAUUUACUUGGACAACCCAUCAAGCCAAUCCCAGGUCCAAUAGUUGCAAUAUCAGCUACAAGGGUGGUGGACGAUGUGGUUGUUCUUUCUAAACAACCACUUACUGCUGGUUCAGGACCUACUGAGUUCAUCCUUCCUCUUCGUUUAGAUCCAGAUCACUAUCAAGUCGUUUUGAACACUGGGGAUAAUACGGAAAGCUUUAAUAUUAGGGUAAUAGGAACUGUAAGCCUGAAAUCUUUUGAAAUAGGUCUAGGGGAUCUUGAUGGUACAGGAGCUCCACGUUUUUCAAAACUCGAUUAUCCAAACAGAUUGUCCAAUGCACUUCAAGCUGAUUCAAGCCAUUUGCUCCUUGCUAAAUUUUCACUCUCCCGAUCAAUUCAUCAAGCUUUCUUGAGACUGCAUUCGGCCAAAAAAGAGAUUACUUUCAUAGCUGAGCAAGAUAAUAAUAAAGUUUAUAAAGUAGAGAUAAAUUUAAAUGCUGAAUUGACAUAUUCUGGAACUUUCGAUAUUGAACUAAUAUUAGGAGAUCCAGUUAUGAGUAACCCCAUGACUUGGAAUGUGGGUAAAAUUGAUAUUAACUUAGGAAGGAAUGAUCCUGAUGUGAAAAGCGUUAGGGGACCGAAGCCUGAAAUAAAACAUUUAUUCAGGCAAGCUGAAAAGCGACCAUCCACAACUGUUUCUUUAUUAUUUUCAAUCCUAACAGCAGCUCCCCUUCUGUUGCUGUUGAUUUUGUGGAUGAAAAUUGGUAUCAAUAUCAAGAAUUUUUCAGUUGUGUCUUUACCUUUCCACCUUGGAUUUGGUUCAAUAUUAUGCCUCUUUUUAUGUUUUUGGCUUAAAUUGGACAUGUUUACUACCUGUGCUUGGUUGAUACCUCUAGGAGCUUUCACCUUCUUAUCUGGACAUAAAGUUCUGAGUAAAUUGGCUAGUAGUAAUAAGAAGUCUGAUAAGAAAGAUUAAACUUGUUGUUUA